AUGGUUGCCUUGUGUCUUUUGUCCCAGCCUAAGUACAAGCCACCCAAGCUGAAAACUCGCAGAAACCUGUUGCCGGUGUUCCGUUCCUUCCUGGAGUCCUGCCUGAAACGGAAUGAGAAGCGUCGAUGGACGGCCGAGCAGCUGCUGAAGCAUCCAUUUUUAGAAAAAUCCGGUAGUCUCAACAACAUGAGGCCUCUGCUCGAAGCAAUCAGGAGAUUCCUUACAGAGAGGUUCACAACACCAUCACCAGAACCUCUGCUGGCUCCCUCUGUUUCUGGACAAGAGAGUAAGGAAGAGCAAGCAGAGAAGGAAAACGACAAAGCAAAGCCUGAAGGAGUGAAAUCAAUCCUCAAGAGCUCACCAAUGGCAGCUGUUGCUGCAGCACCACAGUCUGAAGAAAUCUCCUUUCCCGACACUGAAAUGCCAAGCACAAGCACCGGGAAAGGAGACACUCAGAAGAAAAGCAUUCCAAAGGAAAUCACGCACCGGCCGCCAAAGCUAUUGCCACUAACACGACGUUUCCUUGAUGACCUCAAGGGCAUUGUGAGUGAGGGGAACCCUACGAAGAAAUACACUGUACAGCAGCAAAUUGGCCAAGGGUAAGUCCAAUCUCAGCUACUUCUACAAAACCAUGGGCCAGGGAUUUUGCUGGUGUCAUAUCAAGCAUGCAGUCAGGCAAGCUGCAAACAUGGGCAGACACUGGGCUUACAUCCUCCUGUCUGUCAGUCCUGAUCAGUAUUUAAUAACUGUGGUCAGAAGGCAUUGUCAAAGACAACUCAAUGCUGGCAGUCUCUUGCCUGUAACAAGGAGCAGGACAUGGAGUAUGUCCUAUGUUUUCUCCUGGCCACCCUGCAUGGCAGAGGGCUGCUGGGCUGCUGGGCUGCU